ACUCUCACUCUCUCCCCCAGCUCUUACCAAGGGCAGGUCCCAAAACCAGUCACCCUCUCUUUUCCACUUCAUCGCCCAUUGCUCCACCACGCCCUGCCCUGAGGGGCUCUCCCCACUCUGCUCUCACCUGGCCUCUGCACCUGGGGCCUGCCUUUUCUUGCUAAACCUUUUCUCCCGUCUCGCCCUAGCAGGUGCAUGAGUGCUGGUGGUAAGACGGGACUUCUCAACAGCCAUGGACAGGUUACAGCUACGGCAGACCUCCAGCAGCCGGGGCCUCCUCAAGCUGCCUCGGAUGGAAGUGAAGUGGAUCCAUGUGACGCUGAUCUUCUUUUUCUUGCUCUCUGUUGCCAUGACCGGCUGCUUCUUGUGGCAGUACAGUCUCCCCAAAGUGGAGCCGGGUCCAUCUGGAAUGGAGGGGAGGUCAGAAGCCGUGCAAAUGUGUCCCCGCUAUCCAGAACCAGUCCCGCUGGAUCACCCGAUCCCCAUCCUGAAGGAUGCACUGGAGAAGGUGGACACGCUGCUGCGCAACAAAAUCCAUAGCCCAGGCCUCUCCACCAUGUCUGCCAUCGUUAUCUACAAUGAUACUGUGCUCUGGACUGGUAACUUUGGGAAGAAAAAUGGCUCUAACCCCUUCUCAGCAAUGCCUAACGAGUAUACCAUUUACAGGAUUGCCAGCAUCUCCAAAGUCUUCCCCACGAUCAUGCUGUACCGACUGUGGGAAGAAGGAAAGGUAACGUCUUUGGAUGACCCCCUGGAGCGUUACACUCGGGGCUUCGUUAUCAAAAAUCCCCUGGGGCGGCUAAGGGAAGCUGAACAAAGAUACACGGCCGACGGGCUGGUCUUUCUGGAGAAGGGGUCGCUGCCUCUCAAGCCGUCACCCGUCACCCUGCGCAGAAUGGCCAGCCAGCUCUCAGGACUUCCUAGGAGGCUCCGGUCCACUAGCCUGCUGUGGAAGGGAAGCACACAAGAAGCACUUGCUCUCCUGAAGGAUGAUGUUUUGGUGGCUGAUCCAGGAACCAGAUGCCAUUACAGUAAUUUGGCUUUCUCACUGAUGGCCCACGUGUUGGCUGAUCGUGCUGCUGCGGGGGAAUACCAGCGCUGGGUUUCGGAGAAUAUCUUGGAUCGCUUGGGCAUGGAGGACACCGGCUUUGACAUCACACCGCCCAUCCGUUCCCAAAUGGCAGUGGGCUUCUACAGCAGCGGGCAGCCAGCUCCCCUGUACGACCUGGGCUGGUACCGGCCCUCCGGCCAGAUGUACUCCACAGCCGCUGACCUGGCCAAGCUGGCGAUGGUUUUCCUAGGCACCUACCACCGACGCCUCUUAGAGCCUGAUACUGUGAAGACGAUGCUGACACCUCUCUUCAAAUGCUCGAGGGACUACUUCGCCAACAAGACCGGCACCCCCUGGGAGAUCAAUGAGCAGCUGGGCUAUGAUGUCAUCCGAAAAGACGGCGACCUGGAUGGCUAUUCGGCGACCUUUUCCCUCAUCCCCAAGCUCCGCUUAAGCUUCAUCGUUCUGAUGGCGGGCCCCAGGCCUCAGGGGGGGGAUAUCGUGACGCAGACGUACGAGACCCUUAUCCCCGCCAUGGAGACGGCCUUCCGGGAAGCAGAGAAGAGCCUGAACGCUCCCCCAAGCCCCGCUCCCUACGUGGGCUACUACACGUACUCCAACUUGACCUUUUACGAGAUCAAAGCUGGAUCUCACGGGGUGCUGGUCAUGCAGCAGUUUGGGCCCCACAUAGAAGAACUGAUCCCUGAAAACUACCGGACCAUCAAGCUUCACCACCUGGAGGACCGGGUCUUCCAGGUGGUCUUCGACAAGGAGUUCCCAUGCGUCCUGCGCCUGGGCUCUGCCUCCGUCUCUCUAGAGACCCAGGAUGGGCAGCUAUUUAAUUUCUACCCUUUCGACCGCAAGUGUUUGUCUCCUGGCUUUGAUGCUCCCGGGCUAAACACGUACAAUGUGGUGCGCAUACACCGCAAGCCUGUCUUCUACAGCUAACUGAUGGGGCUUCGGGUCGGUGUCUCCCCCACUCUCUUGUCCUCGUGGCUUUGGAGAGGCCACAUUAAAGGGAAAGAUGAUGGCCACUAACCGUUUCAUACAACACUUUUUCUUUCCUGGACUGACUCCAGUGGCUCGUCUCCCCCGGUCCUGCGAGUCCAGCUGGGUGUUGGGGACGCGCGCAAAAAUGACGUUCUGGCCUGUGCUGGAUGGAUGCUAUAUGGACGCCAGUGAAGACCCUCAACCGCAGCAGAGCGGCUUUGACCACCAUCAGGGUGCUCGAGACUGGCCUCAGCGCGUCUCUGAGAAGGUCUCUUCUGGUGUCCGGCGUUUUCGAUGCACCGCCUUGCAUCGGACCCGCACCGUGGUCUUGGACAAGUCACUUCCUUUCCCUCUAUUUUAGCUAUCUCAUUGUAAAAGGAGGCUUAUAGGACCUCUCUCAUGAGAUGCUGAGCUAAUGACUCAUUAGCUAAUGCCUGCGUGGAAAUAUUAGUCACAAAACCAGUAUUCAGCACCGCUAUGAGCUGGAGCCCAUAGGCCUUCCUACCCCGAGUACCUCGCUCCCUGUUAUCAAAUGAUCAUUCACGUCGUUAGCAGCGUAGGGUCAGGGCUACCGCAGUUAAAUACGGAUCCGGUCGUAAGCUGGUGUAAAGCAGCAUUGCUCUGCUGGAGUCGAUGGAUGAGCUUUCCAGACGGUGUCAGCAGUGUUGUUUCAUUGGAAGAACAGACGUGGUCCCCAGCUGGCAAACAUCAGCAUCGCUCCAUUGCGGCGAAAGGCAGAGAUCUACACCUGCUUAGAAAUCAGAGCAGCUCCAGUGGAGUCGAUAGGGGUAGACGAGUGCCGUUCCUGUACGGCUCUACCAGGGAAAAGCAGUUGAAAAUAUGGCCAAAAGUACAUGUGUGUCGGAGUUAGCGGAGAUAUUGUCCAUCAAGCAUGAUGCUUGGUGCAGGAGAGAAAGUCAAGCCAGAGAACACGGCACUUUCUCUCGGCGUUGUUAAGGAAGGGUUUUUUCCCCACAAAUAGAGAUUUUCACAGUUUGUCUCUUGCUUCUUCCCACCUUCUUUUUUUUUUUCUUCUUUAAGCCAUUUGCAUGAUAUUGUGAAAUGUCAUUAGAGGCUUUGACUGGAGUGGGAUAUGACAAGGCUUAAGGCAGAAUAUUCAUUUCUAUGAGAUUAGCUGUGUCCCAAAGAGCUUCUAAUAAGUGUCUUUGCCGGUUGAGAUGUGAAACAAUUUUGCUAACAAUUGACUUGGGGUUUGAUUGGAUUUUAUUUUGUUUUGAGGAGGCGACCUGCAUUUUGAGCUAUCUGGAAACUGCGUUUUCCCCAGAACUCCUAAGUUAAAAAAUUAGCAGGCGAGGCUCCGGGGUCAAAACUAAUAGAAUAGAUUUGCUGCAGUUCCCCUGUCCCUAGGGACGUCGCCAAAGUCAUUUUUGCAUUUCAGGAAAUGCAGUUAACGGAGCAGUAAUAAACACACACACACCACCUGGGAGCACUACUGCUUCCAGGAACUCUGAUAUGGUAGAGGACACCCUGGACACAUCCACAUGUGCACUUUAAUGUGCAGUGCAUUAAAGCAUCACUAAAAAUGUGCUCUUUAGUUAAUGCAUAUUAAAAUAGGCUAAUGCACAUUAAGUGUCACUUAAAAACCAGGGGCACCUAUACAUUUGACAGCGCUCUGCUCUGACGCGUGCUAAUUAGCAUACUUUGGAGCGAGUCUGCUAGAGCAUGCUAUUUAGUGCUCCAGCAACCUCCACAUCACAUGUACUCAGUGUCCCCAUGUUUCAAAAUGGUGGUGAGGGUGCUUUAACUAAAGCUUGUUGAAUGAAUACAUGUGGCGCUGCAGGCACUUUAAUUAAAGCAGCUCUCAGAGCCACUCUAAUUAAAACACCUCCCUUCCCCCCUAGAGUGCAUAUAUAUAGACCCCCCCCAUGCUCUUUAGUUAACGCACAUUAAGACAGGCUAAUGAGCAUUUUCUUAGGACCUCGCAUUGUACCAGAUUUAAUGCGCACUAACUAAAGCACAUUAAUGCACGUGUAGAUGUGCCUGUAGUGAACAUUUGCAUCUCUGUGAAAUAAAGGAAAUUCAGCUAGAUUCAAAAAGUGGUUAAAUAUCAAAGAACCUGAUUGAGCCAUUUGUGCCCAAGAUUAAAAGCAAUGCAGAGGCACCUCCCCGCAGAGGGAGAUGGUGUUCGUGUUAGUGGGAAAGACAUCCGGAGCCUGCGCGGGCUGCAGCAGAGAUGGCUGCGCGGGCAGGGGUGCUGUAGAAGAAAGCAAGCGUCGUGGAACGAGCUCUAGCGCGUGCCACCUCGACAGACUAGGGGCCCUUUUUACAGGUGAAGCAGCGGUAAAACCCUUGCUGGGACAAAGCUCCAUUUUGAUUUCCUUUCUUGGAUAAAAAACAAAAAAAGAGUUUGCAUUUUAAAGCAUUUUCUUUAAAACAAACCCAGUUUGUUGGUGACGUGCCACGAUUUAGGAUAUGCAAAGAAGGUAGCCUGAGCCAUUGAGAGGAAAAGGAUGUGUUUGAUUUAUUUUAGUUGUUUAAACCUUUUAUUUUUUGUUGCUAGUUGUGUUUUGUUGUGUGCACCGUGUGUUUUGUGGGAUUUUUGUCAACCUCUGCUUAACUCCAACCCCUGAGAAAUAUUUGGGGUGGAAUAAGAUGUUUGUGAGAGUCAACGCCGUCAUCCCUUCAGUUGGAAGUGGAGAGAUCCCAGGCAAAGCGAAGGCUCCUCUCUAGCAGGAUAGGACGACAACUUCAUGAAUACGGUCACAAAGCUGAUCCCCUCGCAGAGACGCGGGACUGCUCCUUCCUAAACCAGUCCAGGUAGACAUCUCUACAACCUCGUCUUGAAAGCCUCCAGUGAAGGAGGCUCCCUAACUUCCCAGCCAGCCUGUGCCAUUGUCCUACUGUGCUUAUAAUAAAGACAUUUUCCUGAGAUUUGCAAAAGACAGGUGAUAGCUAUUUCCUAAGACUUAAUUCAAGUCUUCUUUGCUGGGGUUUAAACCCACUACACCUUUUUUUCUGCCCCCUCUGGCAUGAGAGGAUUAUUUUUCUCACUGCUCUUUACAACAGUCUUUGAAAUAUUUGAAAACUGCUACCACGUGCCCUACACCCCCCCCCCCCCAUCUCAUCUCCCCCAGAACUAAGCAAACUUACUCAUUCAACCUCUCCUUAGCUUGCAUUUCAACUCCUCCAGAAAAGGAGGAGGUGUCACAUGCCUCUAAAUCCCCCGAGGUUCUCCACAUCCUCCUUAAAAGAUGGUUCCCAGAGCUGGACACAAUGCUCCAGCUGACUUUAACCAGCACCAAGCAGUGUUACCAUCACACAAUCACAGACAACGAGGGUUGAAGAGACCUCGGGAGUCGCAUCUAGUCCAACCCCGUGCUCCAAGCAGGACCAGCCCCAGCUACAUCAUCCCAGCCAAGGCUUUGGUCUUAAAAACCUGCAAGGGUGGAGAUCCAACCACCUCUCUGGAUAACCUGUUUCAGUGUUUCACAACUCUCUUACUGAGAAUUUUUUUCCCUAAUAUCCAACCUAAACCUCCCUUGCUGCAACUUAAGAUCAUCACUCCUUGUUCUGUCAACUUGUCUUGCUAAUGAUGCCCCUGUUUAUACAGCCCCAACAUGCAAGUGUUUCUUUUUGUGCCAGGAUCACACCAGUUAUCUCAUGAUCCACCAUAACUCCCAGACCAUCUCUAGCAACCCAGCCAGUUAUCCCCCCCGGUCUGCAUUUGAUGGUACACUUGCCCUUGCUGAGUGUCAUUGUGUUGCCUAUAGCCCAUCAAGAUCAAGAUUUUAACUCCAUCCUCCACAGUAUUUGCACCCCCUAUUUUUGUAUUAAGUGGAAAUAUUUAUCAGUAAACUCUCUACUCCUGAAUCCAAAUCAUUAAUAAAGUAAUUCAAUGGCUUAACUUGAA